CCGGCUUCUGCUGCCGCCGCCGGGAGAAGUUUCGCUCCCAGUAACAGACGCCAGCAGCCGCCGUCGGAGCGGGAGGAGGCGCUGGGGCCUGGCCGCCCGGGAGUAACUCGGCACAGGGACCUCGGCAGCAGCCUCCUCGCCGCGCAGCUCGUGUGCGGGACCCUCGCUCCGCACUAUGGCAGCGCGGUCCCGCAGACCCUGGCUGAGCGUCGUGCUGGGGCUGGUGCUGGGCUUCACCGCCGCCUCCUGGCUCAUCGCCCCCAAAGUGGCCGAGAUGAGCGAGAGGAAGAGACGCGCCUCCAGCCUUUGCUCCUACUACGGCCGCGCGGCUGGGGGCGCCCGGGCGCAGCAGGAGGCGGCUGCGGCGGCGGCCGUGCUGGGGGGCGCCGGGUUCAGGAGCAGCGCUUGGGAGCUGCAGCCGCAGGCAGAGGAGGGCACCGUCCCCAGUCUCCCAGCCGCGGCCGGCGGGGAAGGGGAGCAGGAGGAAGAGGAGGAAGCCGGGGAGAAGCGGAGCGGCAGGCACGGCAGCAGCCACAACGGGAGCGGGGACUGGGGGGAUCUCGCAGGCAGUGCCAAGCCCCGCAACUUCCUCUACGUGGGGGUGAUGACGGCCCAGAAGUACCUGGGCAGCCGGGCGGUGGCGGCGCAGCGGACCUGGGCGCGCUUCGUCCCCGGCAGGGUGGAGUUCUUCUCCAGCCAGGGCUCCGCCGCCCCGCUCGCGGGGCCCGGGCUGCCGCCGCUGCCAGUCAUCGCCCUGCCCGGGGUGGACGAUUCCUACCCGCCGCAGAAGAAAUCCUUCAUGAUGAUCAAGUACAUGCACGACCACUACCUGGACAAGUACGAGUGGUUCAUGCGGGCGGACGACGAUGUCUACAUCAAAGGUGAAAAAUUGGAGGAGUUCCUUAGGUCACUGAACAGCAGUAAACCUCUCUAUUUGGGGCAAACUGGUCUGGGAAAUAUUGAAGAACUUGGAAAACUGGGGCUUGAGCCUGGAGAAAAUUUCUGCAUGGGAGGGCCAGGAAUGAUCUUCAGUCGAGAAGUUCUCAGGAGAAUGGUGCCACAUAUAGGUGAAUGUCUUCGAGAAAUGUACACCACACAUGAGGAUGUGGAAGUGGGAAGAUGCGUCCGACGGUUUGGUGGAACCCAGUGUGUUUGGUCAUAUGAGAUGCAGCAAUUGUUCCAUGAAAAUUAUGAACACAACCGGAAGGGUUACAUCCAAGAUCUUCACAACAGUAAAAUACACACAGCUAUAACACUUCAUCCAAAUAAAAGGCCAGCCUACCAGUACAGACUCCACAAUUACAUACUGAGCCGCAAAAUUUCAGAACUACGCUAUCGCACCAUCCAGCUCCAUAGAGAAAGUGCCCUAAUGAGCAAGCUCAGUAACAGUGAAAUAAAUAAGGAAGAUCAGCAGCUGGGAAUGAUGCCAUCUUUCAAUCGCUUCCAGCCUCGUGAAAGGAAUGAAGUAAUUGAAUGGGAAUUCCUGACAGGGAAGCUUCUUUACUCUGUGGCUGAGAAUCAACCACCCAGACAAAGCAUUAAUAGCAUUCUGCGGGCAGCAUUGGAUGACACAGUGAUGCAAGUAAUGGAAAUGAUAAAUGAAAACUCUAAAUCUAGAGGAAGGCUUAUUGAUUUCAAGGAAAUACAAUAUGGCUACCGUAGGGUUGAUCCUAUGCAUGGAGUGGAGUAUAUCCUGGAUUUACUGCUUUUGUACAAAAGACACAAAGGAAGAAAACUUACAGUUCCAGUGAGACGUCAUGCUUACCUUCAGCAAUUGUUUAGCAAGCCUUUUUUCAAAGAGGCAGAGGAACUGGAUGUAAGAAGCCUUGUGGAGAAUAUUAACAGUGAUACUCAGUCUUUCUCUUUUCUUUCAAAUUCUUUAAAGAUUUUUUCAUCAUUUCAGAGCACCAAAGAAAUAGGAGGACAUAGUGACAAGAAAAUACAUAUUCUUGUCCCUCUCACAGGAAGAUAUGACAUUUUCUUAAGAUUUAUGGAGAAUUUUGAAAAGACUUGUGUUAUUCCCAGUCAGAACGUAAAGCUGGCAGUAAUUCUGUUCAGCUCUGAUUCUGGCCAAGAUUCCAGCAAACACAGAGAGUUAAUUAAAGAAUAUCAUAAUAAGUAUCCAAAGGCAGAUAUGACCCUAAUUCCUAUGACAGGGGAGUUUUCCAGAGGUUUAGGUCUUGAAAUGGCCUCAUCUCAAUUUGACAAUGACACUUUGCUGCUAUUCUGUGAUGUUGACCUGAUAUUCACACCAGACUUUCUUCAACGAUGUAGAGAUAAUACUAUUCAAGGGCAGCAGGUUUAUUAUCCCAUCAUCUUUAGUCAAUAUGAUCCAAAAGUAAUAUAUGGAGGCAACCCUCCCGGUGACAGUAACUUUGUUUUCACAAAGAAAACUGGAUUUUGGCGAGACUAUGGAUUUGGAAUCACUUGUAUUUACAAAAGUGAUCUACUGAGUGCUGGUGGAUUUGAUACCUCAAUUCAAGGCUGGGGACUUGAGGAUGUAGACCUCUUUACUAAAGUAAUAACUUCUGGGCUGAAGGCUUUUAGAAGUCAAGAAGUAGGAGUUGUACAUGUGUUUCACCCGGUUCAGUGUGACCCUAAUUUAGACCCUAAACAAUAUAAAAUGUGCUUGGGGUCCAAAGCAAGUACAUUUGCAUCUACCAUGCAGCUGGCUGAACUCUGGCUAGAAAAACAUUUAGGUGUCAGGUACAAUCGAACUGUCUCCUGACAUUCCAGCUCAUUCUGCCUUUUUGGGGGAGUUUACCUCAUUGUUGUUCUUUUUAUUUUAUUGUCAUAUUCUUAAACUCCUCUUUGUCUUCCAAAGGGUGUAUAUUGACCUCAAAAAAGAUGAGACUGCUGUACAUUAAUAUUUCCAAUUCCUACUGAACUGGUUAGAUGUGUUACUUUCCUAUGCCCUUUAUUCAAAAUUGACUGAACUCAUGGCAAUCAAAUGAUCCCAUGGAGCACAUGCAUCAUGAGAGACUGCAUCAAAGGAAUGUUCUCUUUGGACUUUAGGAUGCAAUAUCAGUCUUUGUUGUGUUUGUCAAACUUAAUGUGAUACAAAUAUUUACUGGUGAAGGUACCACAAAAGUGCUUUAUGCUUCCUCUGGGGAAGGAACUCUGUAACAUAAACUUGAGUUUUGUAAUUUAUACAAGGACUUAUAUAUAUAAAUACUACUUUUCGUCAUCUUAAGAAUUUUUAAAGUAAAUGAAUAACUAUAAUUGUACCUUUAUUUUUUAAAAAAAGAAAAACUGAGGAGUGUCUUUCCAAAUGCAACUGGUACUGGUUACCAAGGUCUUAUUGUAAUAAUGAGCUCCUCAUUACUGUCUGCUCUGUGCGAAUGAACUUUAUUCUCUCAAGGAAACGUGAUUUAAUCAAAUACUCAUGUACAUUUUAGAAUCUGUGUGAAACAAUGUCCUUCAUUUGCUGGCAAGAAGAAACUAUGACAGAACAUGAUUAUUUAUAAUAAAGUAUAGACAAACAGUAUUCUUUUUCAAAACAUAGAAUAAGUUCCUGUGUCUCUUUUUAAAAUGUCUCUAAUAUAUAAAUGAUUUUCUUUUACAUUCCUUUCAUAAAGCUGCACUUGAUACAAAGGGUGACAAAAGGUUAAUUAAAAUUGCCUUUUUUACAUUUAUGCAUUAAUAUUGGUAUUCAGAAACCAACCACUGUAAAAUUUCAAAAACUGUAAAAAAAUAAUGAUUUCAGUAUGAAAAUUUACUACUGCUGGUCAAAGUUCCUUGCCAAUAUAUUUGUGCUAGUGAAGGUGAUAGGACUGUGUCAAGAUUUAUCUUUCUGGAGAGCCUGAAAUUGUCAUAUUAUGGGUCUGUGGAGUAUUGAAAAUGAAACCAACAUAAGAAAAAAUAAAUAUAAAGUCAAUUUUUAUACUUAGGUUUUUUGUAUAGGGAAAAUAUGUAAUCAUUUUAAACAUUGUUCAUGUUUUUGGGGUAAAGUUUUCUUGCACAAAUUUUCUUUUUUAUCUUUUUGACACAUAUUUAGAAUAUUUUACUCAGAGUCUUGGGAAACAACUUGCAAAGCAUACGCAUGAAACCAUCAGAUUUUAGCCAAGCUUGAGUUAAUAUGCUGGAUGUAUGUUAUAACUAAUGCAGUUGACUUCAAACUGUAUUGCAAGAAGAGCUGGACAAAUGAUGCAAAUAAAUAUCCCUCAGUAUUUGUUCAUAUGUUUAUGCAAACUUGUUUUGAAUAUGUUCAGCCCCUCUGUAUUCUCUUUCUAAGUGACUGAUAUUUAUUGUACAGACAUACAGGGAAAUUUCUUAGAGGCCUGAAGACCUAUUGGCUACCCAAGACUACUGCAACAGGGACAGAUUAAGUACAGAUCCCACAGAUCCCUCCUGGUUGGCAGAAGACUCAAUAGAAUUCAAAUCUAGAAAUUAAUCCUUGCAAGGAGAAGGCAUCACCAGUGGAGAAGAGUGGGGACACAGGAUUUGAGCCCAGAAUCGGCCGCAGUUGCCCUCUGAUGUGUCUUGUGUUUCAAUUGAACAUACUAUCAUGGUAAACACUAGGAGGCAUGAUCUUUGCGCUAGCCCAGAAUUUAUAGUACAGUAGUAUGUUUAAUUCAAAGUUCAAACACAAGAAGUAGCAAUAGGCAAAGGGCAGCCCAUGCACUGAGACAGGUGAGCUCAUUAAAAAAAUCACAACAUGAAGUGAUGGCAGUGGUACUUCCAGCCCCCUUUAUUUCAAGUGAGAGAAGACUGUUGCCAUCGCCCUUAAUCUUUGUGAAGAAGGAGGUGGUGCUGGUGGAGGUGAGUAGAUAGAGCAUGAGUUGCAAUUGCCCAGACCGCCUUGGAAGGACUUCUCUUCUUUCCUUUUCCUGCAGGCCAGUCCACUGCUGCUGACACAAAUGUUUGGAGAAAGUAACUUUCAUAGUUAUAUGUGAAAAUAUUUAUGGAACCCAAAAUUUAAAUUUGCAUAACUAUUUAUACCUAAAGUGCUUGCACUCUUGCUCAAUUAGGGAACCAAGAACAGGCAACAUGAUUAAUCUGACCAAACACAACUAAUCCAGACAGCUCAAAUAGCAAAUGUCAGAAAAUGAAUACUCACCGGUAGAUGUCUGUGAUCUGGCCAUAGCCCUGGAAGAGCUUUUGAUCUGCUUGUGUAUAUUCCAAUUCUAAUUACACUGGAUAGCAUAUUGACCAUGAGGUAUUUGCUCAGCUCAAAUUAAAAAAAGAGACCAAAACAUUCAUUUUAGUGGUAAUGCUGUACAGAGGGCUUGCUGGUUUGAGUCGUAAAUGAUAUGUCAGUACUUAUUAUUACAGAUACUUAUUUACUGCAUGACUUCAUUUGUUUUCAUGAUGAAUUACUUUGUCACAAACCUGACUAUAAAUGUUCAUUAUAAAAUACUGCAUUGUUUUUGGAAUAACUGUCCUGAGAUCACAAGAACUUGCAUUAGUUUGUUUAACGUAUAAUGCCCCUUUUAA